ACUGUAAGAACAAAGAUUAAUGUUCCAAUUGAAUGAACCAACCAAACAAUUAAGCCCACCAUCGCUCAUAGCUCAUAAGCCACCCACCAGAGAUACCCAUCUGACUCUCCCCUGGACUUUCCUUUUCAGUUGUUAAUAACUGCUAUUCAUGGUUGUUAUGUCCACUUCCGUUUUCCGAAGUCUUCUGUUCUUUGAUCUGCCUCUUUCCCUUUUGCCAUGAGGAUUCCAGGCUAGGGCUUGCCUUGAGGUGCAGUUUAAUGCAAUCCGUAAACUGCGUUCUAUUCACCUCCAACAUCUUUUUACAAUUUCCUCCUCAGUUUUCAUCCACUUGUUCACUUAUAGAAUAAAUUAUUGCUGACGGACCCUGAUCAGUGAAUGCGAAGUAUCUUGCGUGAACAGUUGUUUAUAAAUACCUGUACAUUUUUGGUGAUACUGUUGGUAGUUUUUCAACUUUUAGAUCUAGCCAACAGAUUUGUUUUAUUGUUUGUGCCAGAAUUUUGACUUGGGUCGUGGACGACAGUCGUUUCGAGUACAAAAUAUUCUCUACUCGUAAGAAUGUUGUUCUUGCUUUACCAAUUUGUUCCUUAAAAUAUUCACCGAAUUCGCCUUGUCUAUUGAUCAUGCCACCCAGGUAUGCAGAAGCUUCCAGAGCUUCAUGAUCAAGUGUGGUUUGGUUAAUGCUCAUUAUGUUGUAUUUCAGGAUCUUAAUUUUUCCACAUGUGAAUGUUAAGACAUAUUUCAGGAGGAAGCCAGUUUACACUGGCUGCCUUUGUCUUCAUUUGUUGCUGUUUGUGCGAUGUAAGAGUUGAGUCAUCAGUGAAGUCUAAAUUACCCAUCUGCGUUUAAGGUGUCCACUAUAUUCCCUGUUUCUCCUGAGAUUCAGAGGUCUUCAUAAUCUACUCAGCAGUCAGGAGAAAGAGAGAAGACAUCUUUAUCUGACGCCAGUCAUCACAUGGGACACAUCUGUGAACUGGCCUCCAUGAACAAAUUUGAGACCCAGUUCCUUAGAAGAGUUCCAUAUGGUGGUGUUACUGAAGAUUUCACGUAGUUUUCUUGUCCACGCUGUCGAAUACUUCCGCAUAACUAAGGAAGUUGACUUAUAGUGGUGAAUUCCAUUCGAUUAAUUGUGCAAAAACGAUCUGAGGUGUCUCGAUUUACUCAUUCUAUGAUCGGUCCUUACGAAAUCCAGCCCGUUGAUCGCAAAGUUAGUAGUCAUCUGAAUCUAUGGUUCAGUUCAAUAACACUGUGUUGAAACGUUUCCCAGGUUCUGACAGUUGUAUUAUGUAUUUGUUGUUCUCACAUUUACUGAGAUCGUCAUUCUUUGUUAUCUUAAUAAAAUAUCCUUCUUUCCAGUUUGCUGGUACCUGUUAUUCCUCUGAAGUCUUUCUGACUAGAUUGUGUAACAUCUUUGUAAUUGCCUCUGUAUCUGACUUAAUCGUUUCGUGUCUUUCGGUGUUCGGUCCCAUUGCUUUUCAAUCCCCUAUUUUUCUGAUGGCUUUGGGGAUCAUUUCUGCUGUUAGUAGGGUAUCAUCUACAAGGAGAUCUGUAUGUGCUUCAUCAAUAUACGUUGCAAUCAUCGGCCUUGAUCCAUACGAAAGGUCUUCAAGGCGCUCUACACACCUGUUCUGAAGCUCUUGAUUCUCAAGAUUUGACUUUCUUUUUCUACUCCUGACUGGUUACUCUGAUCUACUGUAUCUCCCUUCAAGCUCACAUAUUAUAUCGUUUUAACGUAAUUCUCUAUCUUAGGGCUUACUCUAUUGUAGUUCCCAGGUAUUAAACUUUUAUAUUGCUAUUUAUACAACUAAUCAAUGCAUUUUUAGAUUUAGUAUUGACUUGAUCACUACCAAAUGAGACGAUCUGAAGAUAUAUCAGCUCGUCUCUUUGCUUUAAUAUCUUAAUAAAUCUUCUAACUGUUUCGUUUAGGAUAUGUGAUCUAUCUGGCUUUUGGUGGUGCUGUUCAGUGAAACUUGAGUGGCAUUUUGAAUGUGUUUAUUGGUAAAAUCCUGGUACUUUUCACUGUGUUACUGAAAGUACAUAGACUGGCUAGUCUCUUACCACGCUCGUUCUUUUCUCCCAGCCCAAUUCACUCUGUGGUACCUUCAUACCCGGUGUCGUACAUCCCAACAUUUAAUCUCAGCUCCUCCAUAAGGAAGGACAGGUAUUCACUCAGGGAUUUCUCUAUGAUUAACUGAAGUUUCAUAAAACUAGUCUUUAUCGUCUUCAUUGCAUCAUUUGUGGGUACAUAGCACUAAACGAUAAUCAUUGUAAUUUGCUAAUAUUUUAUUUCAAAGGAUGUUUUCUACGAUAGCAGAAUCAUGAAAUUCCCAUCUUACCAGUGCUUUCAGACUUCUAUGGACAGUAAAAUUGCAACGCUUUGUGUGUAUGGGGCAGUUUUCAUGAUCGGAAUACAACAUCUCUCCUGAAGCUAGUCUUUUCCGUGCAGUUUGUGUCCAGUGGGUUUCAUUUAUCCCAAGCAGGACUAAAUUACAUCUUCCCAUUCCUGGGGCUGUUUAAAAUGCCCUUCCAGUCUCUUACUUUGUUCCAUGUCCCUAUGCUUAUCGUAGCUCUAGUUGUCAGAAGUGAAGUUGGCCUCGUAGCCUACGGAGACUCCUAACUUUCAUUAUGAGCUGUCAAAACUCUUUAGUGUUAAGACUUUUCAACUUCCAUGGUGGAGUUUAAUAGGUUUAAUUGGUUAUCUCCGGUUUGUGUUUUUGUCAUGAAGUUGCAAACCCAAUGCUUAAGCCCCUUCUUUCCCGAGUCUUGGGACCGGCAGCAACCCUAGCUGGGUUAUGGAAAGAAUUUUUGAAGUGCAUAAUGAUAAUUCGAGUAAAAUUUCCCAUAGAAAAAUAAAAUUUGUGAUGCGUUAUGAAAACUUCUAUGAAUUACUAGUGAGUAGUUAAGGAAGGAUGUCGUGCUAAGAAGUUCUAUGAUUAGCAAACUAUACUUGAAGUAACGGUUGAAUUGGUGCUCCCCAUGAAAUGUAAACUCUCUCUCCAGCUGCUUGACAUCAAAUCUAGUGCACCUAGUGUCGAUUCAUUUAGACUAGUAGCCACAUUUAAGACUUAGAUCAUACAUGUCGACAGACAUAAAAAGACUAGAUAAACAUCAAAUCGCUUACUAUUCAAAGACUAGUUGGCGUUAUAAGUUCUAUACUUAUUAUCUAUGGACGUGUGUUGAAAAUCUUUAAUUGUUUUAAUGAAACUCAAUAACCAUGUACAGAUUCUUGCAACUGACUCUUCGAUACAUAUUUUUUAUGUAUGAGGAGCACUGGUAUUAAUGGGUGGAUGAUGUCUACCGGGAAGGUUUAAACUUACAACUCAAUAGCUAACAAUCAAAAUAAUUAUACAUAAAGUCAGUUAUAUUAAGAUAAAAGCAACAAUAUCCCAAAAAGGACAUGUGAAAUUCACGCUAAGACCCUUGUCUUACUAAACUCUAUUGUGAUGCGUUCUACAUUGGAGAUUCCUCUCAUGAGAUCUCGACAAGGAACAUGUAAGUUACAAAAAAGACAUAAUAAUCCUGUAGAAUUGGGAUAUUUACAAGUUAAAUCAGCAAUGGCUGUGCGUUCUAUGUUCAAUAAUAAUCAAACUGACAUUAAAAAUAUCAAAAUAAUUCAGAAAGGUUUUUCUAAUCAUAAAGAAAUGGUAAGUAACCGAAGCGUUUCACAUAAUGCUAAACCCUCUGCCCUCAAUAGGAAAGAAGGUUUCAAUGUUCAUCUAACCUGGAUUGUUUAUCCAAACAAUCACACAUGACCUUAUUUACUUUCCACACAAUUCACACACAUCACAUACUCGAUUUCAACCGCACUACGUUUUUCACACCUACCUUCUUAUGCACAAAUUGAUGCAAAUUGAUGCAUACAGAAUAACCUUGACCGAAAUAACUUGAUAUUGACGUGUUUAGUCCCAUUAUGAUUUUGGUUGUACUAAAAAUAUUCCUCAAUGUUCCUUUUAUACUAUUUAAACUUGUGUUAAUUUAAUUCGGUUAUUUAUUUACUCUGAAGAAGUAACUUACAUUAAGUCACGCAACGUUUAAAAUACAGUUUUCUAAUUGAUCUACUUGAAACUAUCAAGUCCAAUCUUGGUGUUGAUAGCUAUAAACAUUUCAUCUAGGUUUAAAGGGCCUAGUUUGUAACUGUUUUCCUCGAUAAUAUAAUUUGUAUUCCCUUAUUAAUAAUCCAUAAAAUGAAUUGACCUAUUACAUUUGACUAGAAUUCUAAUCCUGUUAGUAUUUAUAGUGUUAUAAAUAUUUAAUUAAGUAAUAUAAAGUUGACGAAGUUUUUACUGAACAUCACGCAGACUUUGUUUAGCAUAAAGUCAAUUAAUUUGCCUACGCCAUCCAAACACUGAUUAUCUUUUAUUCCAUACUCGUAUAUAAACCAAAGGACUACGAGAAAAGGAAAUAUUCUAGUAUUUUGGGGAGACAAUAAUAC